AUGGCACAACUGAAGGAAUACCCCCUCAAAAAACCGUCGGCGUUUCACUGGGACUUUGCAUUAUUGGGACUCACCACUGGAAUCGCUGGAAUUUUGGGAUUUCCUGCUCCGAAUGGGUUAAUUCCACAGGCUCCUCUCCAUACCGAAUCUCUAGUGGUUCACGAUCACCGUACUGGAAAGGCAUUGUCGGUGGUUGAGCAGCGCAUAACCAACACAGUUCAGGGUAUUAUGACGUUUGCAAUGAUGUCUCGACCGUUCUUGGUGGUAUUAGGACUUAUUCCUCAGGCAGUUCUUUCGGGUCUUUUUUUCAUCAUGGGUAUUACUGGCCUUCACGGCAAUAUUAUCACCAACCGAAUUCGCUACCUUUUCAUGGACCACGAUUACAUCGAAAACGAUCCCAAUUGCCCGGAAGUUUUCCGCCAAAUUGACAAAACUCCAAGCAAAAAGUAUUUCUACAUCUACUUGAUUUUGCAACUAAUAGCGUUUGGUUUCGAGUUUGGAAUCACCUUGACAAAAGGCGCCGUGGGAUUUCCUGGAGUAUUAAUGUUUUUUGCCAUUUGUGCCGAAUGGGUUUGGCCGUUAAUUAUCCCUCGGGAGUACCUCAAUGCUCUCGACUCUGAAGUUGCUGAUGAAAAAAUCGUCAAGAAUUUGGAGGUUUUCAGCCAAAUUAAAGAGAAGCAACUGGCUAGCGAAAGCGACAUUGAGAUUGCCCAGCUAGGUCCGCGGAGCACCGAUCUGGAUGGUUAA